AUGGCUAUCGCGCGACCCGACCCGUCGCAGCUCUCAGAUUCGCCCACCUACCUCGCCGCGUUGGUCGACCGCAUUCUUCAAAACCCGCCAUCUGACUGGAAUGAAGAAAGCGUCGCCAAGCUGACCGCGGCCUUGACUUAUCGAUACAAUAACCUACACCUCGCAAUGCCCGUCGAGGUUGAAGCCGCAUUGCAGCUGGUGGAAUUAUCGAAUGCUUCGCAAAACCCGCUCGUGAAGCUGAUACAACGCGCCGGCCCACGCGGUACCGAGUCGAUCGAGGCGUGCAAAGAGACACUAGCGUCCGCCGAAACGCGAGAUAUCAGCUAUCAGCAAGUCGCGAAUGUGCUAGUGUUCUUAGCUGUCUCUUCGGGCUACAAUGCGAACAACUUCGUAGCGGCAUUACGGGAACACCGAACAGGUCAGCGAAUAGAAUGGCAGGAAGUCGUGCACGCCUUCGAUCGCGAGAGUCUGCGUGUGUCCAAAGCGCAGUUCUUGACCAUCUACAACGCACUCCUGCCGGUCGCACAAGAAACGGAGACUUUCGACAUCCAGUUACUGUGGGGUGGCGCCUGGCAAAAUGAGCUUACACAGCUGAGCUUCCUCUCCCGAUUCCUCGAAUGUACCCCAGAGGAGCUCGAUGUGUCCCAAAUCCCGCGCUUCCGAGAAUCUUACUCCCUGGCCACUUUCGAGAAUGGAUCCGCAGAGGUCAAAGUGGUUGCGGAGCAAGCGGUCAAGCACCCAUACGUCUCACUCGAUGCCACUCGAGCUCUGUUCGGCAUGAUAUUCCGCUCGGCAGAAUCGUAUGCUGACGCACAAGUUCUGGGCAUCCCAGAUGCUAUAAUCAACCCUCACACAGCCGAAUUCCUUGUCGCCGCUGCCGCGGUACCCAAGCCUUGGGGCGCAUUGCAGGAGCAGGCGCUCAAGCAGCUGUUCGAACCAUACUUCUGGAGAAAACUACCAAAGCACGAGUUCGUGAUUUACGGGCUUUGGCAACAAGAUCCCCAGUGGCUUAUAGGGCGUUUGAACGACGCUUAUAAUAGCGAAAACAUGUCCCUCAAUGUCAUUCUACAGCACGCGCAACAAAACGGCUGGCUGGAGGCCUUGAUCCGCAGCAACACCGACAUCAGCCUAGACUUAGCAGCACAGGCGCACGCGCAAGGGCUGUUCCAGAUCGAACCUUGGCUGCAGCAGACUUACGAACAAGCCGGUGUUCUCUUCCGUCAGAUUCUGCAGAACUUCCUCAACGCCCGAGCCAACGAAGAGAUGCAGCGUUCACGCGACGAUGGGCACAUGUCAAACAGUCUGCCCCUCCCAGUCAAGACCGUCUACCCGAUACUCUGGUUCCUGGCCGAUUGUGGUCUCACCGAUGAAGACCUGAUGACACUACAGCGAGGCUGCAUUCAAGCAUACCCCCGCUUGAUCAACUAUGGCGAGGGUGUAGACGAUAUUAUCGAUGCGAAUGGACAGAACGGGAACGCACUUCCAGAGGAGGCCGAUAAGAAAAUGCAAGAACACUUCAAGAAUAUGUACAGCAGCGAAAGCGAUGUCCGCGAGAUCAUAACAGUACUCAAGAAAUACAAGGAAUCUCGCGAUCCAGCUGAACAGGACCUUUUCGCCUGCAUGAUUCACGGGCUCUUCGACGAGUAUAACUGCUUCGGUGAAUAUCCCCUAGAAGCUCUAGCGACCACCGCGGUCCUCUUCGGUGGGAUAAUCAACUACAAUCUGCUCUCGCGACUGGCUCUUAGGGUGGGCUUGUCCAUGGUGCUCGAAGCCGUUCAAGAUUACCGUCCCGACGACUCGAUGUACAAGUUUGGUCUCCAGGCUCUGAUCCAUUAUUCGCCUCGUCUUCAUGAGUGGCCUAACUACUGUGAAGAGCUGCUCAAUAUCCCGGGUCUCCAAGGAACGGAAAUAUAUGCCAAAGCCGAAGAGGUUGUUCGCUCGCAGAUUGGCGAGGUGAAUGGUGACGGCCAAAAUGGAGUGGGCUUGACCAAUGGCAACCACGUAGGCGAACAGCUCCAGGCCGAGCCUGCAGUACCAAAGUUUACCUGCCUUCAUGUAGACCCUCCACUCCGACCGGACUUGUACGAAGACCCCGACGAAGAGGUUCAAGAUCGUGUGUUGUUUGUGCUCAACAACGUAUCCGAACGCAACUUGCUAGAAAAAAUCAGGGAUCUCACUGAGGCUGUUGAACAUAGACAUCACCAGUGGUUUGCCAACUACCUCGUGGAAGAGCGUGCCAAGAUGCAGCCCAAUUUCCAGCAGCUCUACCUCGACAUGCUGAACCUCUUCAACGACAGAAUCCUCUGGGCUGAAGUACUACGGGAAACAUAUGUUGUCGUGGUUAGCUUGCUGAACAGCGAAGGGACCUUGGGGUCCACAGAACGCGGGCAUCUCAAGAACCUUGGAGGCUGGCUUGGGUCUCUCACCAUCGCGCGAAACCAGCCAAUCAAGUUCCGUAACAUCUCUUUCAAAGACCUACUGAUUGAAGGUUUCGCCACAGAUCGACUGCUACUUGUUAUCCCGUUUACCUGCAAAGUCCUUGCACAAGCUGCCAAAUCCCGCAUCUUUCAACCUCCAAAUCCCUGGCUUAUGGAGAUCUUGAGUGUGCUGAAAGAGCUGUACGAGCAUGCGGAAUUGAAGCUCAAUCAGAAGUUCGAGAUUGAGGUCCUUUGCAAAGGGCUUAAUAUCGACCCCAAGGACAUUGAGCCUUCCACAUGCAUUCGCAUGAGGCCGCAAGUUGAAGAAGAGUAUAUCGGCCAAAUGCCGCCUCCAGACGGGCUGGAGCCAUUCGGCGACUUGGGCUUGAUGAGUCUCCAGCGCGCUCGUGGUCCUAGCGAACGGUUCUCUUCUGCAGCCAUUACAGCCGCUUUACCAGAUUUCCGUCCCCAGCUUCAAUAUCCCCCCUCAAGCACAAACGUUGUGCCACAUAGCACGAUCAAGAAAAUCUUCGAGACUGCGGUGCAGCAAGCCAUACAGGAGAUUAUCGCACCCGUCGUUGAACGAUCUGUCACUAUUGCAGCAAUCUCAACGUCUCAACUUGUCAGCAAAGACUUUGCUUUGGAGCCUGAUGAGGAAAAAUUGCGCAAUGCAGCUUACACGGUCGUCAAGUCGUUGUCCGGUGCUUUGGCUCUUGUGACUUGCAAGGAACCUCUGCGUAUGAGCAUCCAGAAUAAUAUCCGAGUCAUGGCACGAGAUUUGCCUGAGCAAGCUAUACCAGAAGGGCACGUUGUCAUGUUUGUGAAUGACAACCUGGACCUCGUUUGCAACACAGUGGAGCAAGCAGCCGAGGUAUCCUCACGGACGGAAAUUGACCAGCAGAUACAAGAAGCCAUCCAGGCUCGCCAGGAUUACCGCCAGCAGCGAACAAACGAACCAUUCAAAGACGCCGCCAUCAGUCCAUGGGCGUUUUAUAUCCCGGAGCCUUACAAGCAAACUACCGGAGGUCUUAACCGUGAGCAGCUUGCCAUCUAUGAGGAGUUUGGUAGGCAAUCCCGCGGUGCACCCCACGCCAACAACGUAUCGCAGGACAGUGGAAGACAACUGCCCGACGUCCUCCAAGAUCAAUUCGCCACUGUCGCAAAUCUGCCCACACCCGCUGCUGCUCCAGCCGAACCACGCCAGGCGACUCAGCAACCCCGACUACAAAGUUUGCAGGCCGCCCAUGCGCCUCCGCCGCAACAGAUCAACGGUUACAUGGAGCCUGCAGGACUAGAACGUGGAUGGCGUGGAAUUGAAGACCUACUCGGCGAGAUGAUGCGUCUGGUCAAGGAGGCCUCUGAAGAACGCAUAAGUGAUUUGCUGUCAACAAGCCCGAUCCAUCAUACGUUUGAACAACUUGUCUCGAGCAUCUCAUUCGCUGGUCCCAACAAGGAGGCUUGGGCUUUCCGCAUCGCUGGUCAAGUCACGAACCACCUCUUCUCUGACAGCCUCAGUCGCUUAGAGAUCGAGACUUUGGCUCAUCUACUGGGUGGUCUUUGCGAACUGUCGGUUUCGACAUCUAGGCAGGUGCUCAUGUGGCUUGCCACCCUCAACGACGAUGACCGCAUCUUCAACGCUACAGUCAUGGUCGCUCUUAUGGAUGUUGGCCUCAUGGACAUGCAUCGACUCAACACAAUCAUCGCCAAGGCCAUUCAGGAUCGUCGCGUUGCCGCGGUGGAAAUGCUCUCUAUACUCAUGGAUGAAAUUCUACUUAAUGAGCACCCAAGCGCCCUUCGUGCCGACUUCGCCCUCUCGAUUGACGCCCUCACCAACUGGCUCGCCGAAGACCCGAAUUUGGAGAUUGGGAAAAACUUGCUCAACAAGCUGCGAAUCGAUACGUCCGAUCAAGAGCUGACGCCUCCCUCAACCGGUCAGAAAGAUCAGUUGGAGUAUGUUUUCGAUGAGUGGGUACACCUCCAGCAUCCUGACACUCCGAAGAAGUCCAUUGCUGCAUUCAUCUACCAGUUGCACGUAUCGCAGGUCAUCAAGAGUCCUCGCGAAUCAAUCGAAUUCUUCCGAGCAUGUAUUGAUGCUUCCGUCGCUGCGUACGGACAUGAACAGUCUCUUCCGUAUGGCAGCGGCAACCCAGACAUUGCUACUGUCAAGGUUGAUGCCCUUGCCAAGCUCAUCGUAGACUUGAUUGUGUAUCAAGGAGAGCAGGAAGGAGCAGUCAAGGAAAGCAAGGCGAAGUAUCUCGACCAGAUCCUGUUAGUUGUGAUUCUUGUCCUCAACAGUUACCUUGGACGUGGAGACAACCCUGGGGCACGUGGAGACAGCGAGCUGUACUGCCAAAAGGUCUUUUUCCGCCUGUUCUCCUCGAUUCUGUUCGAGCUUAACGAGGCAGCCAAAGAAGAUGUAUUCGCUGGUUUCAAGAGCGACAUCUUCCUUGCCGUUGCGAAGGCAUUCCUCAUCCUCCAGCCCACACAUUUCCCGCGAUUCGCCUUCUCGUGGUUGACUCUGGUAUCGCAUCGAAUCUUCGUCCCAGCGUUGUUGGACGAUAGGCAUACCCAGGGAUGGGAUGUGUUCGCACAGCUUAUGGAGACACUCUUGGUCUUCACGGGUGAACUGAUUAGGCCUGCCGGAGAGACUAUCAUGGCGCAGACCUUUUACCGUGGUGUAUUGCGUGUCUUGCUCGUCAUUCACCACGAUUAUCCUGAAUUUCUGGCCGAGAACCAUUUCCGCUUCUGCAAUAGCAUCCCGAUGCAUUGCACACAGCUGCGCAAUUUGAUCGUCAGUGCUUAUCCCUCGAACAUCCUCGAGAUGCCCGAUCCCUUUACUACAGGCGUGAAAGUCGAUCGCCUAGAAGACAGUCGCCAGGCGCCCACUAUCCGCGCCGAUCUUGAUCAUAUGAUUCGUCAAGCUGGCGUAGGAGAACUCAUUGACGGUAUCCUGCGGUCCUCCGAGCCACGAGCUCAAGACGUAGACCAAGUCUGCAAUGCCGUCUACUACGACGAGCCAAAGCCUGCCGGCUUUGAGGCAGAUGUGACAACUGCUGAUCCAGCAUUGAUUCACGCCAUCACUCUAUACAUCGGAACUAGCGCGCUCGCCCUUCAAGGCGCGAAAGGUCCCAUCUUUGACGGCUCUGCGCCUGCAGCCAAGCUGAUUGAGAGGCUCGCUCGGGAGCUGCGUCCGGAGGCCAGAUUCCACUUCAUCAGCGCUAUUGCCAACCAAUUACGUUGGCCUAACUCUCAUACGCAGUACUUCAGCUGCGCGCUUCUACACCUGUUCGGUUCACCGGAUGAUGAAGACGUCAAGCACACCAUCACGCGCGUCUUCAUGGAGCGAUUAUUGGUACAUCGCCCGCACCCAUGGGGCCUGAUCAUCACGCUCCUUGAGAUUUUGAAGAACCGCACUUACGCUUUCUGGGACCUACCGUUCGUCAAGGCUGCACCAGAGGUUGAGCGCAUCUUCAGCGCCCUUUUCACGAAUGCGCAACAAAGUCCCCGACCGCUUGCUUAG